UUCGCAUUACUAGUUCAAACUUUGUGAACAACACACGCCUUUGAUUUGAUCAACUAACAAUCAGUGCUAAAGUUUUGACAUAUCAGCCAGCAAUCAACCUACAGCUUACGAGACUUUGACAUUUAAACUUUUUAAAAACUGACUGUGACUUGUUACCAGCCAGUGCUUCCUAAUUUUGACUGUGACUUUUUUUUUUAAACUCACUGACUGAGACUUUUAUCGAAACAGCCAUGAAAACCAUCACGAUUCUUGCUUUAGUGCUCGUUCUGUGUAAUGUAGAAGCUUCACAUCUUUUGAUGGGAAAUAUAGCAGAUAGAGUACAGUUGUGGCACCAUGAGAGAGUGCAGUAUAACGCCAUUCCCUUUGUUAAGAGGGUGAAAACUUGGUUCUUAUCUGUUCCGGAGCAUAAGAAGAUUCUGGGUAUCCAGGCUCUGGACAUGCUGCAGAGUAAAGCGUCGAUCAACGUCACAGCCGGCGGCGUGGGGCACAGCUUCGUGAACCUGCGCCUGAAGAGCGAACGCGGCUACGGCCUCGACUACGAUGUAGGGAUAUACGUCAACCCGGAUUACUUAUAAUAAUUAUAAUACAGUAUUGUUGGAUAAGUAAAUAGUUAAUAAUAAUUAGACAUUACAGA